AUGCUUAGUCGUCUCUCUGAGGUGUUUGCCUUUGAUCACUGCUUCUGGUCCAUGGAUGAAUCAAACACCACAAAAUAUGCAGGUCAAGAAGUGGUGUUCAAGUGCCUUGGGGAAGGAAUUCUGGAAAAGGCCUUUCAGGGAUAUAACGCUUGUAUUUUUGCCUAUGGACAGACAGGUUCAGGAAAAUCCUUUUCCAUGAUGGGCAAUGCAGAGCAGCUGGGUCUGAUCCCACGGCUCUGUUGUGCUUUAUUUCAGAGAAUCUCUGUAGAAGAAAAUGAAUCUCAUACUUUUAAAGUUGAAGUGUCCUAUAUGGAAAUCUACAAUGAGAAAGUCAGAGAUCUGCUCGACCCAAAAGGGAGUCGGCAGUCCCUCAAGGUCCGAGAGCACAAGGUGCUGGGUCCGUAUGUCGAUGGCCUGUCUCAGCUGGCUGUUACAAACUUUGAGGAUAUUGAGUCACUGAUGUCAGAGGGAAACAAAUCUCGAACAGUUGCUGCAACCAACAUGAAUGAAGAAAGCAGCCGCUCUCAUGCCGUGUUCAAUAUUAUAGUGACUCAGACACUCUAUGACCUGCAGUCUGGUAAUUCUGGAGAGAAGGUCAGCAAGAUCAGCCUGGUGGAUUUGGCUGGGAGCGAGAGAGUGUCCAAAACAGGAGCUGCAGGAGAGCGCCUGAAGGAAGGCAGCAACAUAAACAAAUCACUUUCAACACUGGGAUUGGUUAUAUCAUCACUUGCUGACCAGGCAGCAGGGAAGGGGAAAAAUAAGUUUGUGCCUUACAGAGACUCUGUACUCACUUGGCUUCUCAAGGACAACUUGGGAGGAAACAGCCAAACUGCUAUGAUAGCCACAAUUAGUCCAGCAGCAGACAACUAUGAAGAAACUCUCUCAACUCUGAGAUAUGCUGACAGAGCCAAAAGGAUAGUUAAUCAUGCUGUGGUGAAUGAAGAUCCAAAUGCUAGGGUCAUCAGAGAAUUACGUGAAGAAGUUGAAAAACUGAAAGAACAGCUCUCACAAGCUGAGGCCAUGAAGGCGCCAGAACUGAAGGAAAAAUUGGAAGAAUCAGAAAAACUAAUAAAAGAGCUGACAGUCACCUGGGAAGAAAAGCUAAGGAAAACAGAAGAAAUUGCACAGGAGAGGCAAAGACAACUGGAGAGCAUGGGAAUCUCCCUUGAGUCUUCAGGUAUCAAGGUUGGGGAUGACAAGUGUUAUCUGGUGAACCUGAAUGCAGACCCUGCACUCAAUGAGCUUUUAGUUUACUAUUUAAAGGAUCACACAAGAGUUGGUGCAGAUACCUCUCAGGAUAUUCAGCUCUUUGGUAUAGGAAUCCAACCAGAACACUGUGAGAUUAAUAUUGCUUUAGAUGGAGAAGUUACACUCACACCAAAAGAAAAUGCAAGAUCCUGUGUAAAUGGUGCACUGGUAUGUUCUGCCACUCAGUUAUGGCAUGGAGAUAGAAUUUUAUGGGGAAACAACCAUUUUUUUAGAAUCAAUUUACCAAAGAGGAAACGUCGAGAUUGGCUGAAAGACCUUGAGAAAGAAACUUCCUUAGGAGAGCAUGAUCUGGAUGCAGCUAGUGAAGCUUCUUCAGAACCAGACUAUAACUAUGAGUUUGCACAAAUGGAAGUUAUUAUGAAGACACUGAAUAGUAAUGACCCAGUACAAAAUGUGGUGCAGAUCUUGGAGAAGCAGUACCUGGAGGAGAAGCGGAGCGCUCUGGAGGAGCAGCGGGUGAUGUACGAGCGCGAGCUGGAGCUGCUGCGGCAGCAGCUCUCCCCAGAGAGGCAGCACCAGCACGGCAGCGACAGGCUCUCCUACACUGCUCAGGCUGCACAGCAGAAAGUCAAUCUCUGGACAGAGGAAAGGGAUGAAUUGUUUCGACAGAGCCUGGCUAAACUUCGAGAGCAAAUAGUAAAGGCAAAUACUCUGGUGAGAGAAGCAAACUUCUUAGCAGAAGAAAUGAGUAAGCUAACAGAUUAUCAAGUAACACUUCAGAUCCCUGCUGAAAACCUCAGUGCCAACAAAAAGAGGGGUGCAAUAGUAAGCGAGCCUGCAAUUCAAGUGAGAAGAAAAGGAAAAGGUACUCAAGUGUGGACUAUUGAGAAACUAGAGAACAAAUUGAUUGACAUGAGAGACCUCUAUCAAGAAUGGAAGGAGAAAAUUCCUGAGAUAAGGAAGCUGAUGGGCAAGAGAGGUGAUCCUUUCUACGAAGCGCAGGAGAACCACAACUUGAUUGGCGUCGCCAACGUGUUUCUGGAGUGCCUUUUCUACGACGUGAAGCUGCAGUACGCCGUGCCCAUCAUCAGCCAGCAGGGCGAGGUGGCAGGGCGGCUGCAUGUUGAAGUAAUGCGUGUCACCGGGUCUGUCCCAGAACGUGUGGUGGAAGGAGAUGACUCAUCUGAGAACUCCAGUGAGAGUGGGAGUCUGGAAGUCAUGGAUAACAAUGGAGAAAUUAUUCACAGAGCGAAAAAGCUCUCCUGUAGGGUAAAAAUAAAAGAAGCAACUGGACUGCCACCCAAUCUCUCCAAUUUUGUCUUUUGUCAAUACACAUUUUGGGAUCAAUGUGAGUCAACAGUAGCAGCACCAGUAGUAGAUCCAGAUGUGCCUUCACCUCAGAGCAAAGAUGCUCAUUUUACAGUGACCUUCUCUCACUGUAAGGACUAUGUGGUGAAUGUCACUGAGGAGUUUUUGGAGUUCAUUUCAGAAGGAGCUCUUGCUAUUGAGGUGUGGGGUCACAGAUGUACUGGCAAUGGCAGCUCUGUUUGGGAAGUUGAUUCUCUUCAUGCAAAAACUAGGACACUGAGAGACAGAUGGAAUGAAGUAACUCGAAGAAUAGAAAUGUGGAUUUCCAUACAAGAAUUGAAUGAGAUGGGUGAAUACACUGCAGUUGAACUCCAUCAGGCAAAAGAUGUAAACACAGGGGGAAUUUUCCAGCUUAGGCAGGGUCAUUCUCGCAGAGUUCAGGUGACAGUGAAACCUGUGCAGCAUUCAGGAACGUUGCCUCUCAUGGUAGAAGCAAUUCUUUCAGUCUCUGUAGGUGGAGUGACUGCCAGAUCAACCAAACUGCAAAGGGGUUUGGACAGCUACCAGGAAGAAGAUUUGAACUGUGUACGAGAAAGGUGGUCUGAGGCAUUAAUAAAACGCAGAGAAUACUUAGAUGAGCAGAUCCAAAAGAUCAGCAACAAACAAGAAAAAUCAGAGGAUGAUAUAGAACGAGAAGCUCGGCUGGUGGAACAGUGGGUGGGGCUGACAGAAGAGAGGAAUGCAGUGUUUGUUCCAGCACCAGGCAGUGGAAUUCCCGGUGCCCCCGCAAAUUGGAUUCCACCUGCAGGAAUGGAAACACAUAUACCUGUCCUCUUCCUUGAUCUGAACGCUGAUGACCUCAGUGCCAAUGAACAACUUAUAGGUCCCCAUGCAUCAGGAGUUAACUCAAUACUACCAAAGGAGCAUGGGAGCCCAUUCUUUUAUCUGCCGAUCAUAAAACACAGUGAUGAUGAGGUUUCAGCCACUGCUGCCUGGGACUCUUCUGUCCAUGAUUCAGUGCACCUCAAUAGGGUAACUCCUCAAAAUGAGAGAAUUUACUUAAUAGUGAAGACCACUGUGCAGCUCAGUCACCCUGCUGCAAUGGAACUGGUAUUACGCAAAAGGAUUGCAGCCAACAUUUAUAACAAGCAGAGUUUUACCCAGAGCCUGAAAAGGAGAAUAUCCUUGAAAAAUAUAUAUUAUGCCUGUGGAGUGACUUAUGAAAUAGUAUCCAACAUACCAAAGGCUACAGAAGAAAUUGAGGAUCGUGAGACCUUAGCACUGAUGGCUGCAAGGAGUGAGAACGAGGGCACAUCCGAUGGCGAAACCUACAUUGAGAAAUACACACGUGGUGUGCUGCAAGUGGAGAACAUUCUGAGCCUUGAACGGCUAAGACAGGCAGUCACUGUUAAAGAGGCUCUCUCCACCAAAGCCAAAGCCAGGAACAUCCGCAGGAGCAUCAGCACUCCGAAUGUGCACAACGUGUCCUGUAGUCGACUGGAUCUUUCUGCCUGCGAUGAAGAUGACAAGGGUUGGUCUGAAAGUCACCUAGAUAUAUCUGACUGUUGUUCCAGUUAUCAAGAUGUAUCAUGCUAUGGUACUUUACCCAGGGAGUCACCUCGCAAGAGCAAAGAUGGCAGUGGUGUUGUAGCAGAGAAUUCCCAUGCUUUAAUGGCCAGCCCUUUUAAAGCAUUUUCUCCCCAGCCACCAAAGUUUUUCAAGCCCUUAAUGCCAGUGAAAGAGGAACAUAAAAGGAAGACCCCACUUGAAAGCCGACCUCUACUUAGUCAAGAGGACUCUGAGGAGGAAGACAGUGAGUUGGAGGCCAUAAAUAAGAAACUGAUAAGUCCACAAAGUUUUCAAAAUUUCCGGCCUUAUGUACCGGAGGAGUUUGCUGACUUCAGUAUUUACAAUGCCAGCCUGGAGAACAGGGAGUGGUUUUCCUCUAAAUCAGACUUCAUGAGCUCACGUGUUCUUGAGAAAGAGGUGUCCCGCAGCCCCACCACUAGCAGCAUCACUAGUGGCUACUUUUCCCACAGUGCCUCUAAUGCCACCCUGUCUGACAUGCUUGUUCCCUGUAGUGAUAGCACAGACCAGCUAGCCAGUCACUCCAAGGAGCUGGACUCUACUGAUCCCUUGGGAUCAUCCCUUGCACAUGAUUUAAGAUCUUCCUUAAACAAGGAAUGUCGAGAGUCAGAAAAGGAGUUAGCAAGAGAGAAGUUACCUGCGGUACCACUGAAAGAAAACAGUGCCUUAACAGAGCAAGUACCACUGUCACUCAGUGCCACUGACAGAGACUCUCAGCAGUUACCCAGAGCUGGAUCCCUCUCAGCCCUAAGUUCCUUGGAUGGGAAAAGCGCCAUCGAAUUUUCAGCACGCGAGGUGACAGUGGAGCACACAAUGGACAUUCUGGAAGAUCACUCCUUUACUGAGUUCAUGGGUGUUGAAGAUGGGAAGGACUUUGACCAUUCAACAGUUCCACAGUCGUGUUCCCUUCUGUCCUCUAAUGGAGUGAGUGCCUCGGAAUCACCCCGGGGCCCUGGCAAGGGGCAGAGCCCAUGCCCGGGCCAGCAGAGCUCUGCAGCAGCAGCAGGUGACAGCUGGCUUGUGGAUGCUGGGGAAAGCCCUUUUUGUUCUGGACUGCUGAAAGACUCUUCAGACCCUGAGAUUUACCCCAACACUUCCAUGGACGAUUUUAUUACGAAGGACCACUUGGAUGGUUCUGACUGUGAAGAAGGUGCUUCUGCAGAUCCAGCCCACGUCUUGCCCAGCUGGGUGGCCGUGGGCGAGCAAGUCUGUGUUGGAAGUAAUAAGAUGGGCACAGUGAGAUACGUUGGAACAGUGGACUUUUCAGCUGGAAUCUGGGUUGGCGUUGAACUCAAUGUUCAGCUGGGGAAGCACGAUGGAAUUGUGAAAGGCAGAGAGUACUUCCACUGCAAACCACGGCAUGGUGUUUUCGUUCGUCCCGGGCGCCUCAGCAAAGCACCAGCUCCCACAAGGAAAUGGAAUAGCACUUCCCGGUCUCAGGCAUCUUCCACUUCAGAGAAACGGAAGAGUUCUGUGCUUCAAGGCUCAUCAGCCACUCCCAAGACAGGAGGAGACGUCCUCUGCCAUUCAGGAGAUGCAGCGGCUUCUGCUUUUUCUAGGAAACAGGAAAACAGGAAAUCUUGGAUUAACUAAACUGCAGUAUUUUUGCACUUACUACACACAUCACUGUGUAGAAAACUCUACGGAUUUUUGAAGCUAUUGUACAUUUUAACCUGUCCAUAUGGAAUGUGUAUUCUCUAGAGUCCUUGACUUAAUGCUCUAAUUUUUUACAAAUAAUAUAUAUAUUAUAUAUAUAUGAAUGUGUAUCUAUAGUUUAUCUGCCAGUGGGCAGAUACGGCUGCACACUAAAACACAGUUAAAGCUGGUUGUAGAUAACUGAGGUACUGGACUAUUUGUUACACAACAACUUGGGAGCUAUAUUUUAAACAACAAAAGAUAUUUUAUUGAGGAAAAACCAGGAUGUGAAUCCGUAUUCUUUAAAAAAAAACCCAACCGCUGUUCUUAAUUACCAAAGAACUUGUUUUAGACUGACUUAUUUGCUGUUUAUAUCUUUCUAUUGUAAAUGUUUUAACUGGUAACUUGGUGCCAUGUUCCUUUCAGUCACUGGGCACCGUGCAGCCUUCCGUGUUUAAGCACACUGAAAUAUCCAGCUGCUUCAUAUGUAUUGUCUUCCUUGAGGCCUGCCACUGUGCUGACUUGGCAUGGGAAUGACUGAUGAUGCCUGAAGCUAUGAGUCUGGCAUUUCACAUGUUAGUAAAAGCCAGCUGGGCAGUUUGACUGCAGAAACAGUAUUACUGCAAGGGUGUGAGAGGACAACAUUCUGGGUUUUUUUAGGGGGUUUUGGGUUUUUUUGGGUGCGGGGUGGGGAGAAAUGGGAAAUAAAGAAGCAGUAAAUGGAUCAUGACUGCAAACUUUGCACUUGUUACUUGCUGGUUUAUUAUCAAAAUGAAAUAGAACCUGCUAAAGUAAUUUUAAUCUGUAAAGUUUAUUUUAAUAAUGGGAAUGAUGGAGGGAUUUAUGUCUGGUGCUCAUGAAUUCCUAAGAAGGUUGUUCCACAUGUAGAUACUGUAGAUGCCUGUACAAGUGUUCUGGAUAUUUGUAAAGCAACAUGGUAAAAAUGAGUGAAGUGAAUGGCCUGCUGUAUCUUUUCUUUGUUCCUUAGCAAGUGGAUGAUUGAGAUACCUGGGACCUUACUGAAAAGCUGCUGUUCUUUCUUUGAUUGUUGUGUACAGUAAGCGGACUCUCGUAUUUUACUAUUUACUGUAAAGAACUGUAAUUUAUAUACUGCCAUACUGUAUUUAAUUGGUGCAGACCUGUUGUGUGUUAGAAUACAGACUGUUUACUUGGGAUUUAAAAAAAAUGUUUUCCUGUGUUUGGUACAAUUACGCUUCAUGCUCAAAGAGGGAGCUGUUUCUAGCUGGUGCUGCUCAGAUGCAAAGGACAUGGUAAAAAUGCUGAAGGAUAGUGUGAUUGGAGUGGAUGACUAGAUGGUAUGAACCCAUCUUACCAAUAAUGAGUCUCAGAGGAGAAUAGCAGCCCCUGUGGAUACACAUUCCUCACCUUCAGCUUUCCCUCUCAAGGGAGGGAGUGAAGCCAGGAAACUCCUGCCAGAGAACAGAAACCUGUGGGUCAAGGGGAGAUGGGACAAGUUCCUGGAAGACAGACAAGAGAGGAUCAUUGCUAAAUAUAUAAAGGCCUCAGCUGCUGGCAGCUGGGAGGGCAGUGUGCUGGAGAAGGCAGUGAAAGGAGAGAUUGUGAAGUGCAGUGCACUUGCCCUUGCCAUGGCUUUUGUCCCUUCUAAGACUGCAGGAUUCUUAAGUGUCAAUUGAUUUUGAAAUGUGUACCUUUGCAGAACAGUUCAUGCUUCUGGUGUCCACAGUGAGUUGCUCUCACUGCAUUAAUGACACUGCUGCUGGAGGAAACUACUGUAGUACAAAAAGAUUUUAUGCAGAAUUAUUUUAUCGGGCACAGAUGAUUGUGGAACACUGCCAGGUGUCAAUGCCAAAAUCCCCAGUGUCUUGAAGUUAAGUUUAGAUGUCACUUUAAUUUUUUAAUAAACAUUUUAGGAAAUCUA